AUGGCUUUGAUCUCAAGCUUCUGCAUCUUUUUUUUGGUAGCACAUUUUGCCACACCGAUUGUGUGUAUUCGCAACCCUAUUAAUCAAACACCUGCCCUUUUCGUGUUCGGUGAUUCAGUUUUCGAUCCUGGAAAUAAUAAUUACAUCAACACCACUACUAACUUCCAAGAAAAUUAUUUGCCGUAUGGAGAAUCAUUCUUCAAGUAUCCUACAGGCAGGAACUCCGAUGGACGCCUAAUUCCUGAUUUUAUCGCUGAAUAUGCUAAAUUACCAUUUAUUCCGCCGUAUUUUGAAAUUGGGAAGAAGCAUUUGGUACAUGGAGUAAACUUUGCAUCAGGUGGUUCGGGUUGUUUGGCUGAAACCGCUCGUGGCUUUAAGAAAGUGGGUGAAACAGAGUCGAAACAGAUCCUCUCCAAUGCUGUAUAUAUUUUUAGCACUUUCAAUAAGGAUAUGGUUGCCCCUUUAUUUGCAAAUUCAUCUUUUCCAUAUUCCGAUACAGAAUAUUUACAGAUGAUUAUGGGCAACUUAACUUCUGUUUUAAAGGGAAUUUACAAGGAAGGAGGGAGAAAGUAAUAGUUUUUAUCAAAUGACCAGUAGUAUGUUGACUUAAAAGUAAUAGGUGGAUUUAGUUAAAAUGAUGGGUUUAAAAUUAUUUUAAUUAAUUAAAUUACAAUCAAUGGUUGAGUGUCACGUCAUUAAUAAUUAUUAUGUAAUUAUUUUUAAUUUUGGUCUGUUAAUAAAGGGGUAAAUUUGGUGGAUGUGAAGGGUAUUUGGGAGCCAAUAGAUGGAUGGAGUGUAAUUGUGUACCAUUUUCAAUACUUCAAGGUAUUUUAGGCCCUUUUCCGAAGGAAAAAAAUAGAGCAAGAAGUUAAUACUGUUUCUUUUUUACAAAAUUUGGAA